UUAAGAAUUUUUGGCAACUGCUGCAACGACGAGACCGCCAAGACUAUUAACUGGAAAGAUUAGAAUAUGCAGAAAGUAGAGAGGAACGAUUCAACUGGCUACAAUGGGGCAUACACUCAAACUCUUUCUCAAGCACAACAAACUAAUAAGCCGAACAGUGGCCAAUGCAACUUAAAUCGCAACGAAUAUGUUGCAGAAUUUAUGGCACCAAACAUGACCCAUUACUUGGCAGCAAACCUCAGCUCAAAGCUGCCGAGCCAGCCGCGUGAGGGGCUCGACCAACGUGCCAGACAGGUGGUAACACGUGCACCGACAGGAGUCGGAAAUUCUAAUCCCACUCCCAAUAAUAUUAACAGAAUCAAAAUCGGUCAAAUUCAGGUGGUGCCGUUGAGCUGCGAGCGCGUUGCACCACUACAAAGCAACCAACAGCAUGUUGGCCUGCACAGCUACUGCUUUAUGAUAGAGAGACAGAAUCUUUGCCAGUGCCUGGGCAGAAUGGUGUACAGUAUGGAUGUUUCGCCAACGUAUUUACUUACCACUCUUCAGAAGAAUCGACUGCGGGAUGUAAUGUUGAAGAAGAAUGUUUCGCUGGCGGAUGACCUGCAGCCCAUUAUUGACGAUCUAUACGAGAAGCAGUCGGAUCCCAUGGGCCGCAAGAACGAAGAGCAAUGGAAAUAUAUUCAAAAAAAGAAAUUUUUAAAGAAAAACUGUUUUGAUUAUUAUGUUGAUGUGAUGGCCCUGGAUGCAUUUGGAAACUAUCAUUCUGUCGCAUUCGGGGAUUGGCUUGGAAUGAAGAGAAAGUAGACAGGACUACAUUUACCCAGUACAGAUGCCAAUUUAUUCCACCAAAAAUCCGUCAAACAACCAAUAAUAGAAUUAAAAGAAAAAACUAAAUAACUAAAACUAACUAACAUUAGCUGACUUAGUUAAUUUUGAUACUCAUCUGAAAGUUCAAAUGAGAAUUUUAAUUAAAUCGAGGUCAACACUGAACAUUAAGUAUCGAAGUUGUUCUUUCAAUUAAAUACUCAUUUUAAUU